GUGCUGAGACUGAGCAACGUGCUGCGACAAUGUGCAUCGGCUGUGGCGAGGGUUGUGUGGAAAAGCUGCCGUUUGGUGGGACUGGGUCAACGCCUCGACGAGCCGACGCUCAGAGCCGACCGGAUCGAGUUAGGCCAGGACUGUACGCGCAUGGUGGAGGCCUGUAUGGGCUGUUGGAAAGGCAGUUGCCGGUCCAUGCGAGCGGCAUGCCCACGGUGGCGAAAUGGAUCAGAGAGUGCGCCAACGCCGAUUACUACACAUUCGGACUGCAUGUCCUUUAUACGGUAUUGGUAGCGUACGAGAAAGACCGGGCCACUUCGCCCUAUCGGAAUAAGCGGCACUGGACGCAACAAGAGCUGCGUUGUCUCGAUCCGCAAGCGCUGACUACCCUGACACUGUGCGCGUUGAUCAGGGAAAUGGAAUGGUUUAAACGGUACGAUGGAUAUCACCAGACCAGAGCCAAAUUGCUGAAACGUUCAUGCAUCUGCCAUAAUGCAUCUGCCAUUCUCCCCGUAGUGGACGUUUAUACCGCUUCCAAGAAAAUCUAG